GCCGCCAUGCAGGCGGCGCCGCGCCUCGCCUUCGGGGUGGUCGCUGACAUCCAGUUCGCGGACGCGGAGGACGGGCACGACUUCGGCGGCUGCCGGCGGCGCUACUACCGCAACAGCCUGCGCUUGCUGCGGGAGGCGGUGCGGGCGUGGGGCGGCGAGAGCCCGCCGAUAGACUUCGUGCUGCAGCUGGGCGAUAGCAUCGACGGGCAGAACGCGCGGCGCGGCGAGGCCGAGAGCGCCUUGCGGCAGGUGCUGGAGGUCCUGGGGCAGCUCUCGGUGCCGGUGCACCACGCCUGGGGCAACCACGAGCUCUACAACUUCAGCCGGGCCCGGCUGGUGCACACCGGGCUGUACAGCCGGCCCGCGGGGGGCUCGGACGGGCCGGCGGACCGGGAGUGCCACGCUUAUCACUGCAGCCCCGCGCCGCGGCUCCGCCUCGUCGUGCUCGACUCCUACGACGUGAGCACCCUGGGCGCCGACCCCGGCAGCGCCCGCUACCAGGUGGCCCUGAGGGUGCUGCGGGAGAAGAACCCCAACGAUGACCUCAACAGCCCUGAAGGGCUCAAAGAACCUCAUUUUGUAGCAUUUAAUGGAGGAUUUAGCCAAGCCCAGCUGGAGUGGUUCGAUGAAGUCCUCAAGUUCUCUGAUGAAAACCAAGAAAAAGUUAUAGUUACGGCUCACGUGCCCAUUCAUCCCUGCGCUUCCAAUGGGGUUUGCCUGGCGUGGAAUUACGAGGCUGCGCUGUCAGUGAUCCACGCGCACCGGUGCGUGGUGUGCGUCCUGGCAGGGCACCUGCACGACGGCGCCUACUGCCUGGACUCGCACGGAGUUCAUCACCUCACCUUGGAGGGCGUGAUCGAGACGCCCCCGGAGAGCAACGCCUUCGGAACUGUUCACAUCUACGAGGAUAAAAUGAUACUGAAGGGGAGCGGCAGGAUUCCCGACAGAGUUAUGCCUUUCUGAAAUACCAGGCAAAUACAGAUUGCUCUUCUUCAGGAAGGACUCGGACAAAAACGUAGGAGAUUCAGCUGUUUGCUUUUAGAAAGCUGUGCAUGGCUGAUCCUUAUUGCUUUAGCUCAGGCGUUUUUUUCUCUUGGCUACAGAAUUUUAGAAAUUGUGUUUCUGUAAGAAAGCACCUUAUUUCUUUUUGGAGAAUAGAGAAGGCCAGUAAUUGAAAUAAAUAUACUCAAAUGCAGAAGGUUGAUUUCAAACGCCCAAUCCAGACUGGAUUGCUACUGUGAAAAGAUGCAAACCAAAAAAAGCUCCACUGCUGUUCUCUCAGUGUGCAUUAAAGCAUGCAGAGUUGUACCUGCCCAGCCACUUCUCUGUUUAUUUAUUUUCUGUGAACAUUACAGUAAGGUCUCAUGUCUGGCAGAAUGUAUCCAGCCUGUAGCCUAAUUCAGUCUUCCAACAUUGCUUUAAAAGACUAAAGUAAUCCUCAGAAAAAGCUGAGCCUAAGGAGAAUGGAGCCCAUCUGCGCUGCAGCACGGAAUUCUGCAGAUACUCGGGCUGUGUGUGCACAGCUGGGAUCACCUGCAGCAGUGCUGAGAGCCUGAGCUCUGACACCCAUCUGAAGAAAGGUGCUGUGUGUUACACCUGGAGCUGCCCUGGCUCUGUCCCAGCCAGUUCCUGAGUCCAGGGUAUCCACCUGUGCUUCCUUCUGCAGGAUGAAUAGUGGGACAUGCUUGCUGCUGCGUGGGUCCUGCUUUCCAAGAAAAAUUAGGUGAGCAGCAGGGUUGUGACAGAGUCCAUAUCUGCUGGUGACAGGCUUGUGUACGCAUAUUCCAGAAAAUAAAAAGAUACAGAAGCCUUCAUUGA